UUUAGAUAGACAGGAACUUCAGGACUUCCGGAUUCUGUCCUUGGCUGGAGAACGAUGAUUUUCCCGGAGUUUUCAAAUGGAAAAAACGAAUGCUAUAAAUUGUCAAAGACCCUGUGGAUAUCCUGAGUUAGUUGAAAUAAUAUUUUCGAGUUAUUUCCGCGAAUCGAACGUCUACUUGAAAUAUGUUUGAUAUCCUAACAGUAGUAUCAUGUCCACACUGUCGUCGACUGGUUAGCCAGACAACAACAAUGUUGCAUGCAUGGUAGCAAAGACAGUAGCUUGAAUUUGUUAGUUAGCAUUAUCAGUGCCACCAAGAACAAAUAGAAAAAUCGCUUAUAACGUUAACGUAAUUAGCUAGCUAUCAAGCUUAAUAACUACUGUUACUAGAUUUCUGACAUCUACUCAAGCCUGUUCCAGCUAGCUACUGAAAUCAUAGCUAGUUAGCUUGCUAGCUCGCCAGUUAAUAGUUGGCUUGUGCUUCUUCAUAAUAAUUUGCUGCCUGUGUCACGAAUUCAUUGGCAAACUUACUCACGGUCCCUUGUCGACGUGUACUAUUUCCAGUUAAACAGGCCAACUUUUGUUAGUGGGCAAACUCUGUUAACGUUGGCUAAUUGUUUUGUCAGGGGCUUACAUUAGCGCUGAAAUGCGUUGCCUUGUCCGCGCAUGCUCAUGCAUACAUAAGUUGUCACGACGAAGCUUGCCUGCCGCCAGGGGACUCGUGUUUGGCAGCUCCAAGCAAUCACGAAUGCAUGUCACAUACAAUUAUUGAUAAACGAUGGCCAUAAAACUCAGCUAGCUAUAUAACUAUGGUAUAUACAUUGUGUAUGUGGCUGCUGUUUCCUAUACAGUACUGUAUCAUAUUGACAAUGACAGCUUGAAACAAGGAGAUACGUUUCAACUUCCCAUGUAGCUAGUCAUUGUAAAUUACAUCCAAAACGUGCAUUUUUGUGUGUCAUUGUAAACGACAUUGAAAACAUUUGCAUUUUUGUGAGUCUCUACAUUUUGUGGCUACAGAGAGUAGGAUGGACUCUCUGGGUAUGAGGGGCCCAUCCAUAAACCAGGACUCCCUACACAGUGUGCUGAAUGCUGUUCCUCGUGGACUGACAGUGGGCCCCUCUCUAGCAAAUGAUGGCCAGUUGGGGCUCUGGUGUGUAGGACAUGCUCUGCAGAAAGGGAUUAUAGUGGGCGUGGAAGACCAAAGCAACACCUUUGACCAAAGUGAAGACUUUACAGAGGUAUGUAUCAGUGUUUGUGAUGGGGGAGGCACACACUUGCUCAAGUUUCUAUAACAUUGCAAAUGUAUUGAAUGUAACACAUUUGUUGUCGUCAGAGCUUGAUGGAAGAAGCAUAUCAGACGAUAAUCAAGGGGCAUCUUUGGGACAGGUGCUAUUGGAUUAGGUAGGUGUCUCUAGGUAAAGAAGAAUAGCGCUCAGCUGUAUCAAACACAUUAACAUUACUGUCACAUUUAAUUUGGUCAUUGGGAGUGAGAAACCCUCUUUCUUUGUUUUAUGCAGAUUUGCCUGUAAUGCAAGGAGAAAGGAUGAACAGAAUGUUACUGUUCAUGAGGUGGAUGGAAGUCUCUGUCUAAGGGCCUGCAAAGACAUCAACCCAGGGACAGAACUUCUGCUUUGGAGUUUCCUAGCUGAUCCUCUGGAACACGAUGGAAGCCAAGGAGGGUCACUAACAACACCAGGCAAACCUCGCAAACAAGUUACACCUCGCAAGUCCAGAGAGGAUGGAUCCCCAGGUGUAAAUUCCACGGAGCAAGAGCCAAGAGCUCACAGGUAGUCUGACACCCACAUUCAGUAACAUUCUUAAUACACACUAACUAAUAAAUAUUUUAUUAAUAAGGAUUUGAUGUUAUGAAAUGAUGACAUUUAUAUUUGGAUAGUUGUUUCUGAAAUGUUACGUGGAAGAUAUUUGUAUGUCUUACAGAGCCUGAGGAGCACACUGAAGAUUCAGACAUGUCAACUUCUCCACUGGGGUCUACAAAGUCUAUGGUGGUGGAGGAGGAGAAAAGUCAGACUGGAAUCAAAAGGAGCAAACCUCUUAUCUACAAAAUGAAAAAGAGAUGUGUGAGAGACUCUCAUUCCAGUGGUGAGAAAACAGUGGAACAGAAUGGAGAAGUUGACUCAUGCAAAAUAAUAAAAACAGAAAGUUUCAUUCCAGGAAAGAACCAAUGUGCCACGCUCUAAUGAGGACAAACUUGUGAGUCCUGCAGACGAGCCUCCAAAGAGCAGUAAAGAACCAGGUAAUGUGGUAAAACAUCUCCAGGAGGAGCAGUGGCCACAGGUUGUCAGGGCCAGUUGCAGACUGGCUGCGAAACCCAGGAAGGUGCAUUCAUUAGUCAGCUGCAUCCACAAGCGUCUUCAAGGGCGCAAAAAUAGGUAUCUUGAUCGUCAAGUGACACUGGAGAUUACGUCCAGAGUUGGUGAUGAAAAUGGACAAGCUUGCCAAGAAACAGAUAUAACGGAUAGAGAACAUAUAAGCUCAGAUGAAAUCACAAAGGAUAGUGACAAAGGGGGAAAGAAAGACCCAGAUGAGUUUAUGACCGCUCCAGACCUCUUUAACACCAGGGAAAGGAGGUAUACAUGUGACCAAGUGUGACAAGAGUUUCUUUCAGCUCUGUCACCUGAAGAAGCACAAAUUCACCCACUCGGACCUAAAGCCUUACUUAUGCACAGAGUGUGGUAAGAAUUACAGCUCCCAAGAGAACUUCCGGGCCCACCUUCUGAUGCAUAAGGGAGAGAGGCCAUUCAAGUGCCAGCAGUGUGACAAGAGCUAUGGCCUGAAACGAGACCUGAAGGAGCAUGAAGUUCUCCAUACAGGAGAGAGGCCUUUUGUCUGCGAUAUCUGUGGGAAGGCUUUUGCCCGUCGGCCUUCACUACGUAUUCAUAGGGAGGCCCACCGCGCUAAGGAAGAAAAUUACCACGCUCCUAAGCUCAAGUGCCCUGUCUGCGAUAAAGAACUGGCCAAUUCGGGCUCCCUUAGGAAUCACAUGCGCUUGCACACAGGAGAACGGCCUUAUGCAUGUCCCCACUGCAAUAAGACAUUCCGACAGCGGGGGAAUCUUUUGGGGCACCUACGCAUCCACACAGGGGAAAAGCCUUACAAGUGCAACCAUUGUAAUCAGUGCUUCUCACAUGUGCCUGAACUCCGCAGACACCUCAUAUCACACACAGGGGAAGUCUACCUCUGCCCUAUAUGUGGCAAAGCCUUGCGGGACCCCCACACCUUGCGUGCCCAUGAACGUUUACACACAGGGGAGAGACCUCACAAGUGUGAGGUGUGUGGGAAGGCCUACACCAUGGCCACCAAGCUACGCCGCCACAUGAAGUCCCACCUUGAGGAGAAGCCCUACAAAUGUCAGACAUGUGGUGCUGGCUACACGCUAAUGCAGAGCCUGGUUCGCCACCAGCUCUCCCAUAAAAAGAGAGAAGAUAGGACAUCUGGGGAGCUAGCUGACGCUCUGGCAGCUCUGGAGUCUAGCCACUCUGCCCCUGCUCGAGGCAGACCUAGAAAGACCCCUCGCAAGACAGAGGUCAAGCCAUGGGUCGAUGUCCCUGAAGAGAACAUGGAGAGUCGGACAGUAGUGUAUGUUCAGGCCAUCGAAGACUUAGCCAUGCCUAACUCAGGGGAGGUUAUUGUCAGCACCUAUGACUCAUAUCAUGAUAGUGCCAUAUCUUCUGUGGUAAUAGAGGAAGGGUUGGAACAGGAUGUGGGCCAGAUCCAGCUAAAUGAGAAUGUUAUUGAGAUAAUUGUCUCAGAUUCUAAUGAUAAGUGUAUUGUGGUAAGGGAGCACAAAACACACAGCAACCUGGUGAUUCUACAGGGAGAGGAUGGACUGAGCUCUGUGGCAGAGACAAUAGAGAUAGAAACAGGAGUUUAAAACUGCAAUUCACACCAUUUUGCUUUCUGUUGCUGUUUUUAAAAAAAAUCUUAAAAUAAAACCAAGAAUGUGAAUAAAAACUAUAUUUUUUUGCCUGCUAGAUGUACUUUACCUAAAAGAAGACAAUAAGCAGUACUUAUUUGGAAAAUACAUUUGUCAUGAAUAUAAAAUAUGUUAUGAUAUCACCAUCAGGAUACUCCAUUUAGAUUACUGGAGAAGAGAGCCAUAGCUGUCAACGAGUUAAAGAUAUCAGCAAAUAUUGACUCCCCUCUGUGGUGGACCUUGUCUAGCCACUAUCUGCUGCAAAUGUUAUUUUCAAGAACUGUACUAAAACUACCUGCCCCUGUAUUUUAGGAAAUAUCUUAAUGUCUUAAUGGUUACAAAGAGAAAUCCUCAUGAAUAGUUUGCUUUUUUAUCUGACCAAAAUAUAUUUGAUCUCUGGAGAAUGUUUAUGAAGGCUUUUUAAAUUGCUUUACUGUAUUUUAACACACUAUUGUAAAUAUGGGCCAUCAACAAGAUGAUCAUUAUUGUUGAAGAUUCCAAUUAAAAGAGAGAAAAUAACACCGCUGUGGUGGCUUUACCACUGUUGUAUGUGUUUUUGAACACGACUUUGACUUUUCACUCUUUAUCCAAUGCGUCAUUCGAUAUUUGGGUGCAAAUAUUUAGAUGGUUGGGACAUGAAUCAACAAACAUUCUGGUUUGGAGCAACUUUAGCGUGUGUUGCUAUGCUUGUCUAUGCAGCUUAGCGGCACACACUAACAUAGUCUAAAUGGGCAGAUAGCAGUAUUUAAAAGGUUGAUUUAUUGUGUAUGUAUUUGACAUUGCCUUGAAUUCUUUCUCAUUUUAUAUUCCACUUGUAAUUACUUAAUAUCAUUUUUUACAUAUGAAGUAAUCCAUGUGUAGGCCCUGACAGAAAAGAAACAAUGGAGAAAGCUAUUAUUGACAUUGUGUGGAAAGCUUAUCCAUGGCUAUAUGUAAUAUUUGAAACUUUAACGGAAAUACUGAAUGCAAAAUGUUAUGUGACAUGACCCAGAUGGGAGCUGCAGCCCUGAGUCAGUCUUAGUACAGUGGUUCAAUAUUAACCAGGUGGUUCAAUGUAACGGAAAGUGGGGGUGUUUUCAAUGAGUACUGGAUUUUGAGGGGGUGAGAAGGUUUGGUAAUGUCCAUAGGUUUUACAAGGAGUUCUGUCUUAACGAUCCAUAACAAUGGGUCAAAUACCCGCAACUCUCAUUUUCACUCUACUAUUUUCUUCUACUCUUCAGAUCACCCUUUGUGAAAAUGGUAAGAUACCAGCUUUUAUUUACCAGCCCUGAAAGCUCAAAAGCAAGCAAGUUUCAAAAUAUAUUCUGAAAAUGUAUACCCCUUAAACUGUGAAUUAGGCAAUUUGUCAGUUCUAAUAUCACUAAACAAUGCAUUGAGUUAUCAAAUAUUUGUUUAUAGUAUUUCUUAACAGCAAGGAGGCCUCACAGGUUUUUAUCCGUGCUAAACGGGCAAAUUCCUUCCUUGAGGAGAUGAAACCUGGGAACUUGGAACGGGAGUGCAUCGAGGAGAUCUGUGACCACGAAGAAGCCCGUGAAGUCUUUGAAAAGGCAGACAAGACGGUGAGAAUGUCUGGCUUGUUAGAUUGAAGGAUCAUGCAAAGCAAAUUCAUAUUCACCUUGGUAUACUGGUAACUGAAACAUGAGCUUUACGCUUACCUGGGUAACACUGUUUAUUUUGCAUAAUAAAGUAUGAUUAUAGGAUUUCUCCCCAAAUAACUGUCUAAAUUGAUCUUUCUUAAUUUAGAAGGCCUUUUGGGGCAACUAUUUGGGUAAGUAUUUGUUUUUAUUUAUUAUUACUUGUGUUUUAUAUCAAAACCUUAUCCAUGGAAUAUGUGCAGUCAUCAGUCACAACACCCAAUGUAAAUAGAUGGUAUUGAACCAGAACAAAGUGCAACAGAUGUGAGUCGACUUGGUUGAGGAAUAGGCUUCAGCCCCAGUGUUGGUGACCCCACACGUUUUGCUCUUCCCACACAUGCUGUACGCUUUAUAUUUAAAAAAUAAACAUUACUAUCGGUUUGGCCAAUGAUAAGCAAGUAGAGGCAAGUAUUUCUGCAUGUUUUCUAAUUCUUGCUUGUCUUCUUCACAGCUUGCAAAGGCACUUCACUGCUGAGAACCAAGGACAAUAUAAAUACAGUGAGGGGGUGUAUUAACGCCAAUGGUAAUAAUGAUGGCCUGAUUACACUACACAUUUCAAAUACAUCAAUGAUUUCUUGACAAAAUGUUUGUGUUGAAAUCCGCUAAAAGGUGUCAGGAAUCUAUCAGGAAAAUGUUAUAAUGUAAAGAUGUCGUUUUAGAGCAGGACAUCCUGUUUCUCAAAUAUUAUGUGGGCCUGCAUCUUACAGGAGAGUGCUCAGUGGGCAAUGGUGUGAACUACAACGGUACGAUCUCCACUACUUCCUCAGGAAAAACAUGCCAGUACUGGUCCAGUAACUUCCCACACAGAAUUACGUAUGUAUUAUUGACCCCAUAACUUGAGGGAAGUCAUUUCAAAGUUGUCCCAUUCUUGCUGUGUUGUUGCUGAGGGGUAAUAUCUCUUCUUAGGGAGUUCAAUACUUCGCUGGAUGAGACCCUGUAUGAGAACUAUUGCAGGAACCCAGACAAAACUCCUGAAGGACCUUGGUGCUUCACCAGGGAUCCCACAGUCAGGAGAGAGCAAUGCAUCGUCCCGAAAUGUGGUAUGAUUUCACUACUGCAUAAUAACCAACAUUUGGCUGCAUGUUGUUGCUGAUGCUGGGUGUACUUUUACACUGAUAAUCGGUGGUUUAUAUGCUUCCUUGUUCAACAACAAAGUGCAGAGCAUGUUGCUUGUUGCAAUAUGUCUUAGCGGUCCUCUAUUGUGAUUGUUCCCUUACAGGUGAGCCUUGGGUACCCCCAAAAGUACCUGCUACAGUGGAUGGGAAAGCCACAUACAUUAAGAAGGACUGCCUGGCCAACAAUGGCUUGGAUUAUACAGGGGAUCUCUCAGUUACCAUGAAUGGCCAAAAGUGUCUGCCUUGGGCCUCCCCAAAGGCAUUGGCACUCAGCAAAGGAAAGAAUUUCAUCCCAGAGGUCAAACUUGUGACGAACCACUGUAGAAACCCUGACGGAGAUAUGGAGGGACCCUGGUGCUAUGUGGACCAGCAUGGAAAUACCACUGUGGACUACUGUGACCUUGAAAUGUGUGGUGAGCUGUUUCAACACUUUUUCCAGUUCUAAAUGAUUGACUUAAAAUAUUAGGACACUCUGUAAAAAAAGAAGAUAUCUGACACGUAUCAUUAAUGCUCUUAACUGUGAGUGCUGGACUGUUGUUCUCUUUCAGAUGACCCAAUAGAUAACUAUGACGAGGUGGCCGGCGGAAGGGAAAGGACAACACUGUCUGGGCCCAGAAAAUCAUUCUUCAGCCCUCGGAGCUUUGGCAGUGGAGAGUUGGGUAAGUAGUAUAAUUUUGGUUAACAUAAAGUGUAAGAUACGGCAGACAGGAGGAAAGAGUCUAUUUUCAUGACUUAAACUCUGCUUUAUUUUCAGUGUGCGGAGAGCGACCCAUGUUUGAGAAGAUAAGUAAGAAGGACGGUAGAGAGCAAGAACUGAUUGACUCCUACCAAGGAAGCCGUAUUGUUAAAGGGAUUGAUGCAGAAGUGGGCCAGUGCACCAUGGUAAUGAAAUGAAUAGAUAUUCAAAACACCACAUUUAUUGUAUUGCAUUACGUAGGACUACUACUUAGGAUCAUGGUCAUCAUGUUUGACCAUAUACACGGUGGAAGCGUGAAAGGAAGUUAUCUGUGUCUGUCAUUUAGAGAAUGUGUUUUGGGGUUGUCGAUGCAUUGCCCAAUUAAAAGAAUGGAGUGGCUGCAGAUCUGACUUUACUGCACCUUUCUUCCAGACAGCUAAAGGCCCCGAAGCUUUUGCACAUGCGUGAUUCUCUACUUUACGCACAGUCUCUGUUCUACUCAUAGAGAACAGGGCUACUCAGGCGAAUGGUGCCCAUUUAAUAAAGUUAGAUCAAAGCUGAAUCAAUGUCUGCAAGAUCACAUAAUGAUAGUAGCCUAUUCUACAUAACAUAACCAAAUAUAAUAGCAUAGUAACGUUACUGUGAGACAAAAAACACCACCUCAUUUCUUAUGAGAUUUUAGGAUGAUUGCGAUCAAAUGGUCACUUUUUUUUUUUCAUGUGGCCAAAACUCAAAAGCGCGCCACUAGGCAAAAUAUGUGAUUUGAUUGAAACGAUUCUACAGUUUGUUAACACCAUCUGCUCUAAAAUACACUCAUUCAAAACAACACUGUAGGCUACUUUGAAACAGUAGUCUAUAACUCAAGAAGAUCUAAAUUAAUAUCCCCAUGAAACUGAUUGAGAUCAAAUGGUUGGUAUGCAGAUGCUGCAUGGACAUUACAACAGUAAAACCUGAAUAAUUAUCAUUUCACGAUUGACAGUGAGAAAUGCAUGAGGCCGGAAAGGUCAGAUCCGCAGCCUCGGCCUUAAAAGAACGGCAAAGAUGCAAUUUGGCAGAAGUAAAAUUAUGAUACCUGUUAUUCAUGGGUGCUUUGAUGUCAGGCAGGUGAUGCUGUACAAGAAAAGCCCCCAGGAGCUGCUAUGUGGGGCCAGUCUAAUCAGUGACGAGUGGAUCCUCACUGCAGCCCACUGCAUCCUCUACCCACCAUGGAACAAAAACUUCACCAUCAAUGACAUUCUGGUCCGCCUUGGCAAACACAACAGAGCUAAGUGAGUGGUUAUCUCCUAUUUUCCCAGUUUAUCUUUAUUAAACAAGCGAUACACAUUGACUUUUGCACAGUUCGACAGUGAACCAUAACAUGCCAUAAGACAUGACAAAACAAUAAUAUAGCCAUACCAAAAUGUUCUUGACUCAUACCCUAUUCUAACCUAAUCCCAGGUUUGAGAGGGGCACAGAGAAGAUUGUGGCCAUUGAUGAGAUAAUUGUCCACCCCAAGUACAACUGGAAGGAGAACCUGAACCGGGACAUCGCUCUGCUGCACAUGAGGAGGCCCGUUACUUUCACUGAUGAGAUUCACCCUGUCUGUCUGCCAACCAAGAAGGUUGCUAAGACGUAAGAGAGUUUAACGUAGCUAGCAGUAAUAAUUAAAUGUGAAUUAAAAUUUCAGAGGUUUUUCCCCAUACUAGCAAUGGUAGCAUCCUUUCUUUCAAUUUCUCCUUCUAGACUGAUGUUUGCUGGCUAUAAAGGCCGUGUGACAGGCUGGGGGAACCUUUAUGAGACAUGGACUUCCUCCCCCAAGUCUCUACCCACAGUUCUCCAGCAGAUCCAUCUACCCAUCGUUGAACAGGAUAUCUGCAGAGCCUCUACCUCAAUCCGCAUCACUGACAACAUGUUCUGUGCAGGUGAGUAGCAGUUCUCAGCUCUCAUCUCAGUACGGUAUUUGCUGUAUACUGCAGCUCAAGUCCAUCCAAUAUGUUAACCAAAAGUGAAUUAGUGCAGUGUGUGACUUGAAAAAAAAUAGGUGAAUCACAGGUGUUACCAUUAGUAUGAUGCUUCCUCAUAAUGCCCAUGUUAGCCUCCUGUAGCUCAGUUGGUAGAGCAUGGCGCUUGCAACGCCAGGGUUGUGGGUUCGAUUCCCACGGGGUGCCAGUAUGAAAAAUGUAUGCACUCACUAACUGUAAGUCGCUCUGGAUAAGAGUGUCUGCUAAAUGACUAAAAUGUAAAUGUAAAUGUACUUUUCAGGCUUCAAACCAGAGGAAGAGAAAACUGGUGAUGCUUGUGAAGGGGACAGCGGUGGUCCCUUUGUCAUGAAGGUAUACAACUAGAGAAACACGAACUUCACUCAUUAGAUGUCUUGCAUAUCCCCCUUUAUAUUUGAUAUACUCAUGAGAAUUACCUAUAUCCUCAUUCACAGAGCCCAGAUGACAACCGUUGGUACCAGAUUGGCAUUGUGUCCUGGGGAGAAGGAUGUGACAGGGAUGGCAAAUAUGGAUUCUACACCCAUCUUUUCCGUAUGAGAAGGUGGAUGAAGAAAGUUAUUGACAAAACAGGUGGUGGUGAUGAUGAUGAUUGA